AUGAAACCGACUCCUUUCCCGUUCCUGCUGAAUAUUGGCACCGAUAUCGUUCAUAUCCCUCGUAUCCAGAGACUAGUGACCCACUCUGUCGUCAACAGCAGCCAAAGGACCUACCUUUCCAGAUUCGUGCGCCGCAUACUUUGUAAACAGGAACAAGCCGUUUUCGAGUCCAAGUUCCAGUUGGCCGCCUCCGUAUCCAAUGCUGCGUUGCCUGCACAACCUAUAACACCUCAAAAGUGUACCGAUAUCGCGAGAUGGCUUGCGGGGCGCUUUGCUGCUAAAGAAGCUGCGAGGAAGGCCGCACCAGGCGGUGCAUCGAGUAUUAGCUGGAAGGAAGUGGUGGUUCGCGCGGAGGCUGGUGGAGAUGGGCGGCCAGAAGUGGUUUAUCUUCGCGAAGGUGACUCUGUAGGUCAGGUUGGGAAGCUAUCGAUCUCUCAUGAUGGAGAGUAUGUCGUUGCUACCGUCAUCGCGGCCUCUCCACAAGCGUAA